CGUUGGUCUAGGGUGGUGUGUGGUGAUGAAGGCUCCGCGCCUCAGUGGAUGACGUUUUAAAUCAAUUCCUUGUUGAUCAUUACCAACACUGAUGGCCAAAGUUGCUGAGAGAUCAUUAUUGUUAGAUUGGAUCCGUUUUAAUAAAAACUACCGUUCAAAAAGAUGCUGUGCCGAGUGUGGGUCGUGAGCGUGCUGGGUUUACUGCUGCUCUCGCUCAGCAAUAUUUUCCUCACACUUAAAAUGAUCGGCCCGAGAGAAGAAUUCAGCGUCUGCCGUUCAUCACCGCCGCAGUUCACCUCAGACCUCGCCUCCAUGAAGCAAAUCAACCUCACGUCCUACCUCGCAUUCCUCAGGGACACGCACACCUUAUCAGAUGCGCAUCAAAAGCCAUGUGGUGAUCCCGAGUGGGCAAUCGAAAGCAGUAGCACUCCUCCUCAAUCAGCCUUCACAGUGGAUGUAUUUUCUGGUCGAUGGGAUACCAGAAGAGAGUACAAAAUACACGACUCAGUAUACAGAGGACCUCGAUACCCGACUUUGGCCAGAGAAUCUCAAGUAACCCUCGCUACUCAAUCAUCGGUUGAUCGUCUCUUCUGGAUUGUUCAAGUGGCGCGACAUUGGCUUGGGCCCAUCUCCAUUGCUGUCUUUACCCCCGACGUUGAAUUCGGGAUAGCAAAAGAGUAUUUGAAAUACCUAAUAUCUUGCUUUCCAUACGUAGGGGACAAAAUAAUCAUACACUUUGCGUAUCCGAAAGACAGACCGCCUCGCCCACUAGACGCUGAGAGCAGCGGUGAUUUCCUGGCCUUGUGCCACGAGCCUGUCACUGUCCUCAAGAACCUCCUCGGGCAGCGGUCCAAGCAAAUGAUGGCGUGGCGGGAAAAGUUGUCGUACCCUCAGAACCUCCUACGCAACGUGGCGCGCCAGAACUGCCACGCUGAGUUCGUCUUUAUCGUCGAUGUUGACAUCGUCACUCCGCCCGAAAUGUUUGAGAAGCUCGAUGCCUUCUUGAGAACUUCCGCCGUUCAGUCUUGCGAUAAAUGUGCCUUCGUGAUCCCGACGUACGAAAUAGACGAGAAGGCGCCUCUUCCGAGCAACGUGUCCGACAUGCUGGCGCUGGUGCAGGCUGGUCGCGCUCGGCCUUUCCACGAGAAAGUCUUCAUCCACAACCAGUUCUCCACGAACUUCUCAUUGUGGCAGGCGAACGUGGGCGAGUGGUUGGAUCGCUCGGGCCGGGCUACUGAGUCGCCCGUGUUCAUCAGCCACGACGUCACGUUCGAGUUUUUCUACGAGCCUUUCUACGUCGCCAGGGACGCCUACCCCGCCCACGACGAGCGUUUUGUGGGCUUCGGCUUCAACAGAAACACACAAACUUACGAGAUGUUGGUGGCAGGGUGGAAAUUCAAGGUUUUAGCGCCCAUCUUCUCCAUACACUGGGGCAUGCAGACCAAGAAAGGCAGGCCGAGGUGGCGGGAGACGCAAAAUCAAAAUAAUAGAAAACUCUUCGAAGAUUUCAAAAGAGAAAUAACUGUCAAGUACAAGAGUGACCCUCUAGGCAUGAUGAAACCUAAACCCAAGCCUGCCCCAUUGUCAUGGAAGAGGGGAAAAACUGCGAGCUGAAACAUCCUCGUCUGAACUCCAAGUAACUUUAAUGGCUUCCCAGUAAAUGCAAUGAAGUGUUAGUUGUAUGUGCUUUUGGUAUUGAAUUUCAUUAAUAAAUCAUGAUCAAAAACAGCAAUGUCCUUCAGCCUUAACGAUGGGCAUCUAGCAGACGGUUCAAAUUUUUUUAUAAUGUCCCAGUCAUAAUCACGAUUUCCGUUAUAAACACAUUACUUUCCACUCUGUCUCUUGACUGAUGACGGACCAAUAUGUCAAGAGUUGUUAUUGUUGCUAAAUCUGAUCAUGUUGCCGUGAACAAUGCAUGUAAAUACCGUCAAAUGUACGUAGCUUCUAGUGUCAAUCAAGAAGUAUUAUUGUGUAUAAAACUGAAGCCAUUGGUGCUCAUGGCCAGUUCAAAUUUAGGGCAGAGUAUAGAGCCGGCCUUCGCCGUCCAUAGGGUCGACAUCGACACGCGACAGAGCCGCGAUAGAGCAGAAAUGUCCACAUUAUAGACGAUCUCGCCCCCCGCGGAGCAGUGCUAAUCACCCUCUGAGCACCUGCCCCGGCGAGCUCUGUCCUGCGGCCUCGCUGCUCUCGCCGCACAUCUCCGGCCUUAAUGUGCUAAUUAUCUGUUCCA